AUGGCUGGGCUUCCGUUUGUGGUCAUCCGCGGCGCGCCGCUGGUGGCCGGCGGUCGUGACGGCGGGCUGAUGUUCAUGUACCCGUCGCGAGGCUUCCAGCUGGGUCUGGAGACGCUGUGGGUGAGCGGGCUCAAUCUAGCGCUUGUGGGCAUUGUGUGGGCGCUGCUUGAUCCACCGCGGGUGGCGCGCGGGGGCAAACGCAGCCGGCGCGAUGCGGAGCGGGCGUCCUCGGCGCAGGUGUGGAUGCUUCCGCUGGUGCUGGCUACUUGUUCAAUCCCAUGA